AUGAGUUUGGAUGCAGAUAACUUCCAAGUGAAAGGUAGACUAGAUGUUAAGCGCCGAGACUUUAAAGGCAAGCUGGGAAUUAGAAUAGACGCUUGGGAAUCCGAUACUAUCACCGAUCGACUUCUGGGCGAUCCAACGAAAGAAAAAAAGGAAGAAGUUAAAGAAAUAAAGCGUAAUAAAAGUGAGUCCAUGAAUAAGGACGUUUAUGAAGAUGGGAACAAGCCCCCACCUGAUCCACCACCACCCCCCAACUCUUCAAGUAGUUCAGACUUACUAAAGAAUGGAAGUGAAGAGGGGGCUGGUAAAAACAAGGCCAAACUGGAGUCGUAA